AGUCUCUUUAACUCUCUGUCACAAUGUGGCUCUGCGACUUGAACCUGUGGUUUAACCUGAGGGGAAUCCUGCUUUUUAUCUUGGUCGUUCUCCUCGUGUGUUUGUUCAACGAAAAGGAUCCUCCAAGCUAUCCUCCCGGACCACCAGCUCUUCCAAUUUUGGGGAACAUCUUCAGCAUUGAAUCCAAACAACCUCAUAUUUACCUUACCAAGCUUGCUGAUGAUUAUGGGAACGUGUUCUGCAUCCGUCUGGGAAGGCAUAAAACAGUAUUCGUGUCAGGAUGGAGGAUGGUGAAGGAGGCUUUAGUGACACAGGCUGAAAACUUUGUGGACCGACCGUACAGCCCCAUGGUGACCCGGAUUUAUUCAGGAAACUCAGCGGGACUCUUCUUCAGUAAUGGGAAGGUGUGGAGGAGACAGCGCCGCUUCGCCAUGGCCACGUUACGCACCUUUGGCGUGGCCAAAAGCUCCACGGAGGAGAGCGUCUGCGAGGAGAGUCGACAUCUGCAGGAGGCGAUGGAGACGAAGGAAGGCGAGGCCUUCGACCCUGUCCCACUUUUGAACAGUGCUGUGUCCAACAUCAUCUGUCAGAUUGUGUUUGGGAGACGGUUUGACUACAGUGACCAGCACUUCCAGAGCAUGCUGAAGAAUUUGACAGACAUGGCCUAUCUGGAAGGAUCCAUCUGGGCUCUUCUUUAUGAUGCCUUCCCCACACUGAUGAAACACCUGCCGGGGCCUCACAACGGCAUCUUCAGCAGCUCCGAAUGUCUGAAGGCAUCUAUCAGGAAAGAGAUAAAGAGACACAAGUUGGAUUUAGACCCAAGUAACCCUCGUGAUUACAUCGACAAGUUCCUCAUUGAGGAGAGACACAACAGAAAGACCGAGGUAGGCUUUGAGGGGGAGAACUUGGUUCUGUGCUGUCUGGAUCUGUUCCUGGCCGGCAGCGAGACCACGUCAAAGACUCUGCAGUGGGGCCUUAUCUUCCUCAUCAUGAAUCCUCACAUCCAAGAGAAAGUGCAGGCAGAGAUCAGCAGAGUGAUCGGGCCGAGCCGACGGCCCAGCAUGGCAGACAAACCCAACAUGCCGUACACUGACGCUGUCAUCCACGAGAUCCAGAGGAUGGGAAACAUCGUUCCUCUCAACGGGCUCAGGAUGGCGGCCAGAGACACCGCACUGGGUGGUUACAUCAUCCCAAAGGGGACCGCCGUGAUGCCCAACCUGACCUCUGUGCUGUUUGACAAGAAUGAGUGGGAAACUCCCAACACUUUCAACCCUGAGCACUUCCUGGAUGAAGAGGAAAAGUUCAAAAGGAGGGAAGCAUUUUUACCUUUCUCUGCAGGAAAGCGUGCGUGUCUUGGCGAGGGCCUGGCAAAGAUAGAGCUGUUCUUGUUUUUUGUUGGUUUGUGUCAGAGGUUCCACUUUUCCACUCUGGAUGGAGUUGAGCUCAGUGCAGAAGGAAUAACAGGAGCCACGCGCUCGCCGUACCCAUUUAAGAUUAUAGCAAAACCCCGUCCUGAUGUGCAGACUGCAGCCAAUAAAGCAGACAAAGCAGAGACAUUAAAGCGUACAAUACAUACAUAGAUGUCUCUGUGUAAAUAUAGAUCACAUUAGCAUGCUCUUUAUUCAGCUAAAACAUAAUCCUCUGUGUGAAAGUAAGGACUUGUUAUUUUUCAACGCUCAAAAUCAAGAAUAAAGCGAUAAGAC